GGCUCGAUUACUCUGGCCUGGCCAGCUGGACAACAUGGCUCCUGAGUGAUGACGAGUCUGAUCCUCGGCUCCGGAUCCCGCAGUUUAAGAGUUUAAUAGAGUAAUUAAACAGCAGCAGCCUGUACUCAGAGUACUGAGAUAACUCAGGGAGAGAUGGGUCUGACCCAGAGCGGCGCGGGGGCGGAGGGAGGAACCCACGGGUAUCACGUGCACGGGGUUCAGGAGAACUCUCCCGCUGAGAAAGCUGGACUGGAACCGUUCUUCGAUUUCAUAAUUUCCAUUGGUAACACUCGUCUUAACCAGGAGAAUGAUCUGCUGAAGGACCUCCUGAAGGCUAAUGUAGAGAAGGCGGUGAAGAUGGAGGUGUUCAACACGAAGAGCAUGAAGUUCCGGGAGCUUCAGGUUGUUCCCAGCAACAUGUGGGGCGGGCAGGGACUUCUGGGAGCCAGUGUUCGCUUCUGCAGCUUCCAGGGAGCCAAUGAAAAUGUCUGGCACGUCCUAGAAGUGGAGGUCAAUUCUCCGGCCUCUGUGGCUGGACUUCGGGCAUUCACUGACUUCAUCGUGGGAGCAGAUCAGGUCUUACAGGAUGCGGAGGACUUCUUCUCUUUGAUUGAAGCUCAUGAAGGAAAGCCACUGAAGCUUCUGGUCUACAACACUGAGACCGACACCUGCAGAGAGGUGCUCGUCACACCUAACGGAGCCUGGGGGGGUGAAGGCAGUCUCGGAUGCGGAAUCGGAUACGGAUAUUUGCAUCGGAUCCCGGCUCGCCCCGACAGUCCUGAGUACACAGAAGCGAAUCGCUCUCCUAAUACAAGACAUGCUGCAGAACCAUCAGCGGAAAAUGCUACAAUCACAGAACACUCAUUAAAUGAAGAUCCAGACCUGAGCUCGACCCCCCCUCUGCCCCCCCCUAUCCACAGAGUCAUGGAUCCAGAUGAGUUGGAGGGGAAGAUAAACUUUGAGGUGUCUGAAGCGGAUGAGAGGAAACUGGAUGUCUCAGUUUCAUCAAUCGACAUGGAAAACACAUCCCUGGCUAUUCAGGAGGACAAGGACAGUGAGCUACUGGAUGUUGGAGAUCACAGUGAGCACCUGGGAGCCCCCGCUGAGACGUUUACAGCUGCAGACCUGAUCUCCUCCUCAUUCCCGGAGCAGCGGACCUCACCUAUAGACGAAUCUCUUCUGGCGAAUCUCUCGCUUCACUCAGACCCACACGCUCCUCAUCUGGAAAACAGCUCAGCUCCCACUAAUACCCAGUUACACUCAUCAAGCCCCUCCCCUCCUCCUGAAAUCCCCUUCCCAUCUGCGGCCCUGCCCAGUACCCACUUUCCUUUAGCCUCUGUGAGUUUAUCAUCAGAAGCAGAAGAAGAAGAGUCUGCAGAGCGUAGAUCUGACCUGGACUGAUGGAGGGCUGGGCUGAGUGAGGGUCUGCAGGGUCAGUGAGUGCUACUGCUCCACGGUUCUGUUGAAAUAGCUGCUUCUGAAUCACUGGAGAGACUCUUGCGUUGUUACUGUGUGGUCAGGGACUGUUUUUAAAGGGGGGCUUCACCAAACAUCACAUCUGAUUUAAUCUGAUCCUCAGAUGCAACAGUUUUGUACAUAGCUCAACACAGUCAAGACGGUUUUAAUAUAAUUUAUAAUCAUUGACAAAUAAGUACACACCAAAAGAAGUACUAGAAGAAUCUAAUGAAGCUUUAUAGGUGUAAAUGUAAUGAUAAUAUAUGUAAGUAAUUACGAAAUUACAGUGAAUUAAUAUGUUUAUUUCGGAAAAAUGGGAAAUUGGGUAUGGAAGGUACAGGUUUUGUAUAGCAUCCUGCAGUACAUUUACCCACAGAUGUUUAAGCUGGGCCUGUAGAUCCUGCUCUACACUCAUAGGGUGCCAAAGCCGCAUCCCGACUGGUACCAUAUUUGCAUGAUUAGCCAUGAAUCUGGCAACUGGGCAGGACAAGGAAGUGUUGGAAUCUGGCAAAUACAGACCUGUAUACAAAUCCCUUGCUCUGUGUGGGUGAGCAUUAUCCUGCUGAAAAUGGCGAUUUUAAGCCCUGCCACUGUGAUGAUUAUUGGCUUACGGAUGGCAUAGAUGGUGAAGAAUUUGUCAAAAUCUAGUGAUACCCCUUUUUCAAAGUGGAUAAAAAAAGUCUUCCAGUGCAUUGUCCAGGGUUGUGUUGCAGUCUCACAACUCCCACUAAAAAGUACACUACUAAAAAGUAGCCUCUAUUAGCCUUUUAAUAGGGCAGCACAAUUUCGCCCUCUUGCAACAUGAUACAGUGUCUAAACAGACCACACCUGUAAUCAUUUACAUACCUGCCUAAACACAACUAGCUUCGUGAUUGUUUUGUAAAAUCCUUUUAGCAAAUUUAUUAUCCAAUUAAUAAAAAAAAUAAAAAAACGGUAUAAGGUGCCAAAAAUCAAAUAACUAAAUAACCCAGAAGAGCUCAGAUGUGAAAUAAGGUGAACUUCCCCUUUAUUAAUUAGCAGAAUUAACUAAAGAGGUAAAAAUCAUCAGGUUUUAAACACUAGUCUUUAAUUUAAGUUUCUGGUUUAAUAAGGCUUUAUAAUAGUUGAGUAAUAUAAUGGUUUAAUUGUAGUCAUUUUUUAAUCAGUUUUACUUUGAUUUGAUUUGAUUGAGUCAUUAUUUAAACUACACAUGUGGUGCUUGAAAAUUGGUGAACCCUUUUUCUAUAUUUCUGCAUAAAUUUGACCUAAAACCUCGGCCAUUUUCAUUUAUUUAUGGAGGAAAAUGUUUAAAUAUUACAUAAACAGCUCUGUUAAAAAUUAAGAGGACCACUUCAGUUUCUCUGAUUGUGCUAUUUAUAGGUUUAUGUUUGAGUAAAAUGAACAUUGUUGUUUUAUUGUAUAAACUACAAACAACAUUUCUCCCAAAUUCCAAAUUAAAUAUUGUCAUUUAGAAAAAAAAAGAUGCAGAGCUUUCAGACUUCAAAUAGUGCAUAGAAAACAAGUACAUAUUCAUGAAGUUUUAAGAGUUCAGAAAUCAAUAUUUGUUGGAGUAACCCUGGUUUUUAAUCACAGUUUUCAUGCAUCUUGGCAUGUUCUCUUCCACCAGUCUUACACACUGCUUUUGGAUAACUUUAUGCCACUCCUGGUACAAAAAUUCAAGCAGUUCAGCUUGUUUUGAUGACUUGUGAUCAUCCAUCUUCCUCUUGAUUAUAUUCCAGAGGUUUUUAAUUUGGUAAAAUCAAAGUGGUCUCUUAUUUUUUUUUCCAGAGCUGUGUAUGAGAGGUAUUUGGAAAGUGUUUGGACCUUUACUUUCAGGAAUUUUAGUCUAUUGGAUAGCCUACUAUGGAUUAAUAUCAGGACUUUUACUUGGCUCUAUUCCAAAACAUUACAUUUAUUUUCUUUAAUCAUUCUUUGUUAGAACAAUGUGUGUGCUUAGGGUCGUUGUCUUGCUGCAUGAUCAGUGUUCUCUUAACAAAGUUACCUUAAUUGACCUUGUCGACUAUUACACACCUUGAUGUAAAGAAAACUGUGCUCCCACUCACACCUGUUGUCAUUUUAUUGAUCUUGCAUUUUAUUAGUCUGUAAUAUUUUUUAUCAUUUGUCUAUUUGUAGGUAUUUAGAACAAAGUUGUGCAUGUUGAAAAUUCCAAGGCUUCUAAACUUUCAUGCACCACUGUAUGUAUGAGUGAUUAGGUGUGUGAUAAACAGGGUAAACUGGGGCUGGAUUUAUGGAGAUUCUUUGAUUGUUUUAUAGUAUAUGAAUUGAAUCAUUUUGUGAUUAUUUUGCUUUUAUUUGUUUUAGAUUUUUUUUAGUGUGAAUGAAUUUGAAGAGGUACAGAGUGUUAUAGAGGCUGAUAGAGUGUGAUAGAGAUGGGCAAACAGAAACUAUGCCUGCUAUAAUAAACCUUUUAGCUGGAAUGUGUAAAAAAAAAAAAAAAACCUGCAUCACUGUGCUUCACUUUUGAGGGGUGGGAGGAGUUUUAGUUGUGUUUACAGAGUUUACACUUCCAGAGAUAAUAGGAGAUGCUGGGUCUUUUAUUGGAUUCAUUAUCCUUUUAUUUCAUGCCUGCUGGUCAUAUCUUUCAGGACUGAGACUUCUCACUCUAAUAAAACGAGGCUCAUCUCAUAUAAAAACA